UGGAGCACGCGUACCUACGGCAGCCCGCGACGCUCCCCCUGCUAAGCAAGCCGGUCGUUCCAGCGUCUAAUAAGCCAUCGCUCGAUAGCCAGCUCAUCCUCAGCCCCUCGUGCACGCGUACAGCUGGCCCAAACCAUGCCUGACAACCAAAUAUUCAAGGCUACCUACAGCGGCAUACCCGUGUACGAGAUGAUGUGCAAGGGCGUUGCUGUCAUGCGGCGGCGCUCAGACUCGUGGCUCAACGCGACCCAGAUCCUCAAGGUCGCCGGUUUCGACAAACCCCAACGCACACGCAUAUUAGAGCGGGAGGUGCAAAAGGGGGAGCAUGAAAAGGUGCAGGGCGGUUACGGGAAAUACCAAGGUACUUGGAUUCCUCUCGACAGAAGUCUCACUUUGGCCAGGCAAUACAACUGCGAUGCAGUUCUGCGGCCCAUAAUCGAGUUCCAGCCAGCCGCAAAGAGUCCUCCACCUGCUCCAAAACAUUUAGCCGCAACCGCCACCGCGGCAAAACCCCCCCGCCGUACUGCGGGCCCUGACGCCUCCGCACUGGUCAGUGCCCGCUCUCGCCGCCAACUCGAAGGCGGCGAGGAUUCCGACCAGGAGGUCCUCUCCGAGCCCGCCUCGGAAGACGGAUCUAUGACUUCCUCACCUUCCCGCAGAUCAUCAAGCUCGCGUACUCCGUCCCCAAUCGACGAGGGGUAUGAAGCAGCGGGUGCUUCCGGAGAUCGCAGUCACGCGGACAGAAGGAAGGGGACCAGACACCAUCACGACCGCCCCGACAAUGCCAUAGGAAUCGAUGACUUGUCACAGGCUGAUGACGCCAACGACCCUCGCGCUUACAGUGAUCAGAUCCUUGAAUACUUCAUCUCUGACACUAAUCAGAUACCUCCCAUCCUCAUCUCACCCCCAGCAGACUUCGAUCCAAACAUGGCCAUCGACGACGACGGUCACACCGCAUUACACUGGGCGUCGGCCAUGGGUCGCCUCCGUAUCGUCAAACUCCUGCUUACAGCUGGAGCAGAGAUUUUCAAGGUCAAUAAGGCAGGUCAAACAGCCCUCAUGCGUAGCGUGAUGUUCGCAAACAAUUAUGACGUGCGGAAAUUUCCCGAGCUAUAUGAACUAUUACACCGUUCGACUCUGAACAUCGACAACUAUAAUCGGACUGUUUUUCAUCACAUCGUCGAUGUGGCAAUGUCCAAAGGGAAGACCCAUGCUGCGCGCUACUACAUGGAAACUGUCCUCAACAGGCUAGCCGACUACCCCAAGGAGCUUGCCGACGUCAUCAAUUUCCAAGACGAAGACGGCGAGACCGCAUUAACAAUGGCCGCAAGAUGUCGGAGUAAACGUCUCGUCAAGCUGCUCAUUGACCAUGGCGCAGACCCGAAGAUAAGAAAUCGCGACGGCAAGAGUACAGAGGAUUACAUCCUCGAAGAUGAACGCUUCCGUUCAUCCCCCGGUCCUAUAUCACGCCUCUCUGCCAUGUCCUUCCGCAAUGCACAGGCUGCAUUGCCAGCCGGCGUUCCUGCUGCCACUUUGGUCAGUGGCGAACGUCCGCUGGUACACCACUCCCUUGCUGGCCAGAAGGCCAGUACAAGAUGCGUUAAUGAUAUUACGAAUAUGUUGGAUAGUCUCGCAGCAUCUUUUGAUCGUGAGCUUCAGGAAAAGGAGCGCGACGUCACACAAGCGCAGGUUUUACUGCAAAAUAUUCAACAGGAAAUCUUGGAAAGCCACCGCGCGGUCAACCAACUCAGAACACGAGCAGAGGGGCUACAAGUAGCGAAGGCGAUGUUCGAGAAAUUAGAGAACCAGCUUCUUGACAAAAUGAGUAGGAGAUACAGACUAGGUUGGGAGAAAUGGGUCAAAGACGAGGAGGACCGGGAGAAGUCGGUGCGCGAUGCGGCCGGCGGUGAACUGAAGAUCACAGCUGCAAUGGUUCCGUACCGGGCAGCAGACGACAUGGAAGUCGACGGGACGACAGAACUGGGGAAGGACAAGGGCAAGGGAAAGCGAAAAGCCUUGCCGCAGGAGGGGAAUAUUUCAGACCUCCUCGCGCUCUAUUCGGAUGUUCCGAGCGAUCCGGAAGCACUGCAUUCGACAUGCGAAGCCCUGAGGGAGGAGCUUGGGCACCAUCGCAAACGCAGAAAAGAACUAUUUGAUGAGCUCACUGCGUUCCAAGCCGAAGCAGGCACGAGAGGAAAAAUGAGCGAGUACAGGCGACUGAUCGGGGCGGGGUGUGGAGGCGUGCCGCCUUCCGAAGUUGACAAUCUAGUCAGUGUAUUACUCGAGACACUGGAAUCGGAAGAAUCUAACACUUCGGCGGUGUGGGGUGGGAUGAAACCAGCAACGACAGUACCGGUGGGAUGAUUUAAGCAUCGGGGUAUAUUAUUUCAUUGAUUGUUUCACAUCUCUCCAUUUGUUGUAACUUCAUACACGGUGUGCUCUAGAUUCACUGCCUUACCUUAAGGCCCCUGCUCCCGUGUGUGGGUGACCUCCUUGCUCCACACCUCCAUAAACGCAAACAACACCAUGGUACGAAACCGGAGACAUCUAAAAAGUACGCGUGCAUGGGAAGCUGGCACCGCCUUCUUCAAGACCGGGCGUUUUACCUCAAUAGGUGCAGCACUUUUGUCAU